UCGGCCCCGGCAAGAUGGCGGCCCCCUUGGAGCUCAGCUGCUGGGGAGGUGGCUGGGGGCUCCCUUCGGUCCACAGCGAGUCCCUGGUGGUGAUGGCUUAUGCCAAAUUUUCUGGCGCACCCUUGAAAGUCAAUGUUAUAGAUAACACCUGGAGAGGUUCAAGAGGUGAUGUACCAAUUUUGACAACUGAAGACAACAUUGUUUCUCAGCCUGCAAAAAUACUAAGCUUUUUAAGAAAGCAGAAAUAUAAUGCUGAUUGUGAGCUCUCUGCAAAACAAGGGGCAGAUACACUGGCUUACAUUGCUCUCCUGGAAGAGAAACUUCUCCCUGCUGUGCUUCACACUUUCUGGGUUGAGAAUGACAACUACUUUACUGUGACAAAGCCGUGGUUUGCCUCCCGUAUCCCUUUCCCUCUAAGUUUAAUCCUGCCUGGAAGGAUGUCGAGAGGAGCACUGAACAGGAUUCUCUUGACAAGGGGAGAACCUCCCCUCUACCAUGUCCAAGAAGUGGAAGCACAGAUCUACAGAGAUGCCAAGGAGUGCCUAAACCUCCUGUCACAUAGAUUGGGGACAUCUCAGUUUUUCUUUGGUGACACGCCUUCCACCUUAGAUGCCUAUGUGUUCGGUUUCCUUGCGCCACUUUAUAAAGUGCGUUUUCCCAAAGUUCACUUACAAGAGCAUCUGAAACAGCUCUCCAACUUGUGCCGCCUCUGUGAUGACAUCCUGAACAGCUACUUUAGGCAUGGGCCCGGGGGCAUCUCUCCAGCUGGACAAGAAAUGAUAGAUGCAAACCUGCAGAAACUCACACAACUUGUAAAUAAGGAAUCCAACUUAAUUGAAAAGAUGGAUGGCAAUCUCCGCCAAAGCCCUCAGCUUCUUCCUCGGAAGCUGCCAACCCUCAAACUGACUCCAGCAGAAGAAGAGCCUAAUUCCUUACAGAGGCUGUCACCGUGACAGUCAAAGCCAGACACAACCAGAGUCUUAUGGUUGUUGCAGUGACUGCUCAUGCCGAGGGCAUGGAGACCCAAAGAAGAUGCCGUCAUGGGUUUCAGAAAGACUGUAAGGCAGGAGUAGCUGUGUGUGGCUUCUUUUUAGAUUAGGGAAGCGUUUGUUUUUUAGCCUGGUGGUGCACUGUGAGUAAAGCUGAACGCCAAGUGAACGGGUGUGUGGGCAGGGCAGACUCAGGCACUGUCUGUAAAAGUCCCGCCUUAGUCAGGGCACAUCUUUGCCUUUCAUUCAGGUGUUGCCGACCAAAAGCUGCAAUUCUGUUCUGAAUGUGCAUUUUUAAUUUAUUUAAAUUAAUGUAUUAACGUAGUUUUUCUUAGGCCCAUCUCAGUACAUAAUAUGUGGCUUUUUGGCUGAGACCUUAUUCUUCUUUAGAGAAAUCUGAUGCCUAUUUUAGGAACUAGGAAAAAUAGAAAUUAUUUCAGUAGAAAAGCCUGUGUUUAACUUUAAAAAAGCAAUGAGGAAUGUGCUUCUUAAUUAUUCUCUCAUAAGUCUGCUCCUCUGGUGGUUUAGUACCACAUAUGCAAAUGUUAAAGGUGGUUUCUAUAACACCCGCAAUAAGGCAUGCACACGAGCGUCAGUAUGAUUAAGUGCUUGCUGACAUGUUUGAUCUAAGCUAGCAAAGGCGAACAUGGCAGCUUUAGUGCACCAUUGCCCAUUUUCUCAUUCUUGUAUCAGUUCCAGAGCUGGAAGUCUAGCUCAUCUUACUGUAUUUGUAGGAAACCGUAUUGAAGUGUGCUCAGUUAACUGCUAGCAUCCUUGGGAUGAGCCAUGGCGAGCAUCCUGGAGAUGCCUCCCAUGUGUCUGGUUUCAGUGCUCCACACUUGACUCAGAACAGUUUCUUUAUAAUAAGCAUAUCAUGUAAUCACAUACUUUCUGACCAACUAUUAUUUCCUAUGUAUUUUUAACUGCAGUUGAAGGAUCCAAAGGAAUAAGUGAGAAAUAGCAGGUUUCUAAGGUGAUUUAUAGUUAUUGAUUGCUGAAUGGAUUGUCCAAGGAUUUCCUGUGUGGUAUUUGACAUAUAAUAGUGGUUGAGGUGCUUCUGUUGUUGUGAAACCACUUCUGGGAUUUUUAAAAUAUAGGACCAUGUUUUGGAUUAGUGUCUUACAAGAUUAUUACGGUGCUCAGCAAAUUCCUGGAGUCAUGCUGUGCUGUCUAGAGCCUCCGCUGCUGUGAGCAGAGCAGACCUCAUCCACGUUUGACUUGCUCCCCAGCUUGCUCGUGUUUCGGUAGAUGAAAGCCUUACAUUGCUGUAAAUAGUUUUUCUCGAAAGCUUUAAGUGAGACACAGGUAAUCUUCACCAUCUUGUUCUUCUCUUCUAGUGCAUUUGCAUUUAGGACAAACAUACAAUGAGUUUCACAAUACUUCUUUAACAAAGUGUGCAUGUGAGUGAGUGUCUAUGUGAGGGACUGAGUGUAUGCAUGUGAGUGUGUGUGUUGUGUGUGUUCAUGUGUUUGUGAAAGUGGGGGGUGUAAGUGUGUGUGUUUGUGAGGUUAGUGUGAUGUAUGUUCAAGUACGUGGGGGAUGUGCAUUUGCGGGCUGUGUGUGAGUGAGUGUGUGAGUGAGUGAGUGAGUGAGGGGUGGUGUGUGUGUGUGUGUGUGUGUGUGUGUGUGUGUGUGUGUGUCACAUCUUCUAAGGCAAGUUACAGCAAUCUGAAAUCUGAGUAUUUUUUUUUUUUAAAUAAUGAUCAAGAGGCUUCCUUGCCUCUAGGAUUGACUUUAUAAUGGAGAAAGAUGGUUAGCAAGUUAAUCAGAUAUCUGUUUAUGCUUUAAUCAGUGUUAGUCAUUUUCAAUUAUGAUUUAAUAGUAAACCUUCCAAAACAGUAUUUGAAGUAGUUUACAGUUGUAAAACACAUGUAAAAAUAGGACAGUAGUUUCUGAAAAAUAACAGUUCCUAAGAGAAAGAACCAUAGCAUCACUACUAGGUUGUAAAAUCUAACUGUGUGUGAAGUUAGAAGAUAAUACUGAUUUAAGUAAGUUCUUCUAAUGAAACUGCUAAUUUCUGUGAGGAGGAGACUGUUUACAUGUGUAGAAGAAUGUAGCCGGUCCUGUUCAGAGGACACUGUGCUUCAACCAAGAAGUGUACUCUACUAUUUUGUUCCUGGAAUGCUUAAUCAAAAGGACUCAUUUCAGAAUAACGAACAUCUCUUCUUUAUGGUGGAGAGGAUGUUUGUGGAGUGAUGUGCUUGCUCUGUCUCCCUGAUCUGAACUGCCUUUAGCCUCAUGCUCUGUGUCCAUGUGCUUCAAGACCACAUUUCUGAGAUGCAGAAUCUGAGCUGGCGAAGAAAGAACUUAGCUGUUGGGUUCCUUCCGUCAGCUUUCUUUGUCUAAGCAACUGAGAUGACAGGAAGCUGUAACUGAGCACAGAGCACUUUAGGGACCAGGCACACAGAGAAGCUCUUAGAAGGAAAAAGUUUCCUAGACUGGACAAAGGGCCCAUGGUCAGGAUGUUUGUGCACUGGGAGAAGUGGUCCAUGGCCUUGACCGAAUACUGUGAGCCAUUGGGAGGUGACAUGAGAACACAGCACGGCAUGAAAACCGGGACUGUGCUCAUUUUUAUUUUUGUUGAUUGUACAGAGCGAGAAAGAAAUCGGUUCACUAAUUCCCACAGGGUAAACAUAGACACUCUUGCCACAGUGAUGACCCAACACUAAAGAAACUGCAAACAAGGACAAUGGGAAUUUCUUAACUUUGGCCUCACAAAAGGUUCACAUUAACAAAUUUCAGUGUUGGUGUGCUUGAAUUACUUUGGGGUAGUAGUUUUUUUUCCAGUAUUUUUUCCAAGCAACCAUUUUUAUUUCCCCUUGUAAUCCUUAACAAUUUAUAAUUGAUAGAUAAAGUAACACAAAGGAACAAAGACACUUAUAUUAGCGCUAAGUUUAAAAUUGUUCAAAGUCGGGCUGGAGAGAUGGCUCAGAGGUUAAGAGCACUGUCUGCUUUCCCAGAGGUCCUGAGUUCAAUUCCCAGCAACCACAUGGUGGCUCAGAACCAUCUAUAAUGGGAUCUGAUGCCCUCUCCUGUCGUGUAGGCAUACAUGCAAAUAGAGUGCUCAUAUAUAAAUAAGUAAUCUAAAAUAAAUAAAUGAAUAAAUAAACUCGUACUUAUUUAAAAAAAAUUGUUCAAAGUCUAACAGUUGGGAAAACUAACAUCAACAGAGGCUGAAACUGGUAACAGUAUUUUGAGAAAAACCACUUUGUUCAUGUGAUCAAGUGGUAUUUGAAUUGGAUGAUGUUUCUUUGGAGCCUCUCAAGAAUGUGCACUUACCAAGCUUGUUAAAAAAAAAAAAAAAAAAAAAAAGUUUUCUCCAGGUUGGGGUGGGAAAUGACAAUUUUCAACAGCCACAACCAUAACCACUCAAAGCCAGAUUAUAAAUACUUAAUAUAAUUGGGGGCUGACAGGUGGCUCCGCAGUUAGGAGAACUGCUCUUGCUGAGGACCUGAGUUCAGUUCCCAAGGGCCUUUGGCAGGUGGUUUACAGCCUUCUGUAAUUCUAGCUCCAGGAGAUCUGGCGCCCCCUUCUGGAAUCCGUGAGCACCUGUAUUCACAAUGUGCUGUUGUUCCCUCCCCAACACAUACACAUAAUCACCAGUAAAGUAAAAUUAAAUAUACAUAGGAAGCGGAAUGUUAUGGCCCUGGGUUAUCUUACUUCUGUUUUUCUAAUACUUUAAGAGUCUAUAAUUAUUUCCAAGUAAAGGAUUUUAGAAGCAAACCUAAUAGAGUAAGUUUAUCACUGCAUAGCUGUAUCUUAAAACUUGAUGCUGCAGACCUAGUAUUUAGUUCCACAUGAGAACUGCAUCAUAUUAACUGCAUCAUCUGAUGAAAUUUUUAUUUGAUUCUUGAGCUUAAAGAAAAAGCAGCUCGGGUCUCUAACAAACACUUCUAAAGAUCUCCUUUGCCUCUGCCUGUUCUAACAACCUCACACCAAAAGCUUGUUUUCUAUAAGAUAUCAAAAUGCUUAUGCUUUAUGUUUCUCGUGUGUGCUUCCCCCUCUGGCAGCUGGCUUCAUAACUGAGGACAAAUUAUUUUGAGUCCUUUGCUCUGUCUUUGUGUGGGCAUUCCUUUUCUGCCUUACGUUUUUUCUCUCUGUGGUCACAGUGUGCGCCGUGUUCAUUGACGCCACCUUCUAUUGCAGAAGGAGUGGCAGAGCCAUUCACUUUUUGUUUUAAACUCGAAGGGAUUUUGUAAUUGACGUUGUCCUGUCCUGGUUAUUUUUAGAGCUGAGAUCCUGAGCAAAGCCAGAGGUCAUUUGGGUUGUGAUGGCAGUCUUUGUAUAUUGUUCUUGGUGGUAAGAAACAGUUAUGUGUUUGUCUCCCCACCCCUGCUUUGCUGCUCUGCAGUCAUGUGAAAUUACAUUUAUUUCCUAGUGUUUUCAUAUUUUAAACAAAAUUUAAAGAAAUCUAUGGUUACAUGAAAUCUUAGAUCAGUAGUCUCGCCCUGAGAGGUUUAAUUGAAGCUUCAUUGGAUUCCAGAAUGCUGGUUUUCAUGAUCGUGUAAACUGGGAAAGGUUUCUCUUUUUUGUUUUUAAGUGUUUGUAAAGUAGUUUGAUGUGGAAGUUGAUGUUGGGUGUUGCAGUCUCUAGGAGCCCAGGCAACGUGUUUUGUACUCAGGACUGUUGUGACCAAAACAAAUGGGGACUCUGGGAAUUACAAAGGCUUAAAAAUGUUCUUCCAGAAAAGUGGUCCGUGGAUUACUUAAAAGAAUUAGCAUUCUUGAACAGUGAUAUAAUAAAAGGGAAGCUUGAGCUGAUUACUUUUGAAUAGCAAGGGGUGUGCUGUGAUAGACUUACUCAAACCGAAUAAGCUAGCUUCUUGCAAAGGGGAAAAAACACUAGUUAUUUUUGUGCCCUCAUUAUUAUUAAUUUGGAAUUAAAAGGUAAAAACAAAUUUAUGCAAGAGUAGUUUCUAAGAGGGUAUUUGGCAGAAUAUAUUGUUAUAAUAAGUUUAAAAAAUGCUGGAUUAAGCAAAGCAGAGUUGCUUUAGGCUUUUCAGAACCUUUGAUGUGUAAAUGUGUGUUUUUGGUUUCCAGCUUCAGAGAUGUUUUACUAGCAAAGAGGACAGCUGAGCAGGGCUAUAUGUGGGCAUGUGUUUGUCUCCCAGGAGGAGUUCGUGUCUCCACUGAGAACCUCAGUUUGAUAUACCACUUCCCUAACUUAUUUUACUGAGAAUUUUUUUAAAGUAGGUGUUUUAUGGGAUUUGCGUUCUGAGAAAUUUACUAAGGAGAACACUGAAUAUUUUGUUCGAUUGUUCAUUACAAAGUUUCUGCUUUUGAGUGCUUCUCUGAUGACGGUGAAUGUAACUAAACAAGCUUUAUUUCAUUUCAGAGUAUAAAUCAGCUCACCAAUAAAGCUAUGGCAUCUUGUCAACCUUUGCAACAUACACAGUUGCAGGCGUGGCACUCCAGGGUUUGGAUGUGCAUUUGAAACACAAUCUGCCUUUGGGCUGGGAGGUCUGGUGUAAUGGUGAGCAUCUAGCCACAUGAAAAGCUCUUGGAUCUUAGUUCUGAUGCUUCAGUUCGCCCCUCGAAAAUUAGAGCAAUGCCUUUUAAUCAUGUAGUUUACAUAUCCCAGAUCCUUGGAAAUGACCUGCCAGAGUUUGCAUCAGACCUCGGAGAGCCAUCUGAGAUGGAGAAGGCCAUGCUGGCUGCUUGUUCUUUGGUCCAUGGGCUACUGGAAUUUUGAUCUGUUGGAGGAGGGGUGUAUACAAGCCUUUAAGUUAAGUGCAUAAAGAUGAGGUGGGUUUCUCUUAGGUCUUAUUUUAUUUCGUAAGAUAGAAACUAUCUUUAAGCAAGACUGUGGUGUUUGUAGCUUCACUUCAGCUUUCUGGAAGAUCAACAGUGAAAAAGACAAGAACUGUGUAUGUAUGCAUAUUGGCUCUGUCUCCCCAAGUCUGUCUUUGAAUGGCAAACAUUUUAAACAUCUGUGCAAGUGUUCAAAUGCUGUAGUCUCCUAUUGUGCAAACAAUCAAAUCAGCAACGCUAGCCAUGGCCUCAUGCUCUAGCCUUGCCUACUAUGAAUGUAUUCUAUCUAGAGGUGAUGUAUAAAUACCCAGAAGUGGAAACGAUGAUCAUUGUUAAGAAUUUAUUCUGAUAACGAAAAACUGGAUAUAAUCUCAAAAUAGCUAUUUUCUCAAUAAAAUUUCAAAUCACCUAAGUA